GUGGUGGGAAAUGUUUCUUUUUACCAAAUAGUAGUGCAAGUAGUUGUAGAACUGAUGAUAGGGAUGUGCUAAGUGAUGCUAUAAAUAAAUUUGGAUUUAACUAUUUGUCAACUAGAAAAGAAUUUGAUGAUCUCAAACUAUCAAAAAAAGCACUUCCUCUUCUGGGCUUAUUCAAUUUGGAUCAUAUUUCUUAUGAGAUUGAUCGUGAUCCAUCUAAAGAACCAUCUUUAAAAGAAAUGACAGAAAAAGCAAUCAAGAUUCUCAAGGAUGCUACUGCUGACAGUGACAAAGGGUUUUUCUUGAUGGUCGAAGGAAGUAAAAUUG